AUGCAAAGUAACAUUGUUAUCAAUAUUCUUACAUGGAACUGCGCAUCUAAUAUGCCAAAUCAAGAGGUAAACCAUGUCUAUGAAACAAUUACGUAUAAUAAUCCAGAUUUGAUAUCUUUCUCUUUAGAAGAAAUAGCUCCAACACCUCAAACAACUGAAGAAGGUAAUACUGUCUAUUUUAAUGCCUGGAGUACUAAAAUUUCGGAAUUAUUUGGUGAUAUGAAUUAUAAUUUGAUAAAAUCAAAGAAUGUUGGUGGCGUAGCACUGUUUUUGAUCCAAAACAGAAACUCUUAUGUUAAUUUGAACGCAAUAGAGGAAUCUCACAUAUUCUUUGGCGGCCAAAAAACAUUAAAUAAUGAUAUCAUGCCAGCGAAUAAAGCUUCGAUCAAAUUUACUUCUACAGUAGUUGUAAACAACCAGCAGAGAAAGAUAUCAUUCUUAGCUAACCAUUUACAAGCUUAUGACGAAGAAUAUUUGCAAAGAAACAAAAUGUGGAAAGAAAUUGAUGAAACAACAUUAAGUGAUGACUACACUAUUUUCUCAGGUGAUCUAAACUACAGAAUUAACAAUAAAUACGAAAAUGUCGUUGAAUUAACAAAAUCAAAUUCAUUUGGAGAAUUAAUUGCAAAGGAUCAGUUAAAACAAGCUCAAAGAGAGAACAUAGAGUUAAACAAGUAUGAUGAAGCAGAUAUUUCCUUCCUUCCAACAUACAAAUACGAUGAAAACACAAAUAUUUAUGAUACAUCAUCAAAACACCGUGUUCCUUCUUACUGCGACAGAAUUCUCAUCAAAACUCAGAACAAAAGAGUUAAACCAAUAUUCUUAAAGUAUAAUAGAAUCGAAUCAAUGUUUUCUGACCACAGACCUGUUUAUCUCUCUGUUGAUAUUUCAUUUGAUGAAUAA